AUGCCAAAAGACAACGACCGGCAAAGUUUCUGGGCACCAUGGGGAUCCUCUUCUUCAUGGCAUCCGAAGUCAUCAACUUCGUAUUGGUCAAGAAAAGGCAAAGGCGUUUCUCCCUCCGGAGGGAAGUUAAAAGUUUUCAUCUACAAAACUUCUCAAUUAUUUGAAUAUUUAACCACAUCUUCAAUUAGUUUUCUUAACCGACGAAAGUUUUUUGUUUUGCUUUUUACUGUGAUUGCAUUACUUUCUCUUUUCACAUCUGUCCCAUUUUUACCACAUUACAGAUGGGGAUCAGGAAAAUAUGUCAUUAUUCUUGCCGCAAAUCAAGGAGGAGGAGUAAUGCAAUGGAAGGGUGCUAGGGAAUGGUCUAUUGAGAGGUCAAGCAUUGCAAAUAAAAAGGCUUAUGCUGCACGACAUGGUUAUCAUCUUGCUAUAAAAGAUAUGUCAUCUAAAAAGAGAUACGCUCAUGAAUGGAGAGAAUCUUGGGAAAAAGUUGACAUUAUCAAACAGACUAUGCGCCAGUUUCCGGAUGCAGAAUGGUUUUGGUGGCUUGACCUUCACACUUACAUUAUGGAACCUCAAAUUAGUCUUGAUCAAAAAAUUUUUAGAAAGCUUGAAAAUAACACCUACCACGAUGUUUCAUAUUUUAACCCUCUUAACAUUCCUGUUAAUAUACCUUAUGUUGAUUACAAUCAACCAAUUGAUCUUAUCAUUACGCAGGAUUGUGGUGGAUUUAAUCUUGGUUCAUUUUUUAUUCGCAGAAGUGAAUGGUCGGAGAAGCUCUUAGAUAUUUGGUGGGAUCCUGUGUUUUAUGAACAAAAGCAUAUGGAAUGGGAACAUAAAGAACAAGAUGCUUUAGAGUAUCUAUAUACAAACGAAGCAUGGAUUCGUGGUAGAGUUGCAUUCAUGCCGCUUCGGGCGUUUAACGCGUUCCCUCCUGGUGCUUGCUCUGAUAUGGCUGAUGAUAAACGACUAUUCUAUAGCGAUGCUGAUCGUGACUUUGUUGUUAACAUGGCUGGGUGUGAAUGGGGCCGUGAUUGUUGGGGUGAAAUGGAACAUUACAAAGCCUUGAGCCGAAAAUUACAUAAAAAGAAAUUUUUCUUCUUCUUUUAA